AUCUAGGAUUUGAUUUGCCUGGGAUUUGAUGUCCAUGUCUUGAAGCAAACGCCAUGACAAAAACGAUCCAACAACAAAAACAAACAAAUCACAGCAUUCUUUCUCUCUAUGAAUAUGUUUUUCUGGGGAGUCUUAGAUUCCAGUAGAUAGAGAUUUUUUUGUUUUGUUUUUUUUUUUUGGAUUUGGGUGGUGUGAUGAAGGAAGAUGGGAAGAGUUUUCUGAGAUCUGAGCUUUUGGUGGUUUCCCUGCUGUCUUCUUUUCGUGGGGAGGUGGUUUCUAGUUUUGUUUGGGUGGUUUUGGUUUUGGUUGGGUGGUUUUGGGGUAGGGCGGUUUUGGAGAGAGUUUGGGGAAAGAUGGCGAGCGUUUGGAGAAAAGGAUCGGAUUGGAAGAUUGGAGCAGAACAUCUCAUGACUUUCUUUUCUCAUAGCAGAGGAGGAGGCUUGCUGAGUGGCACGGUGGGCCCCACAAUUCAAGCGGACCUGACCGACAUCCGGCGCGAAGCAUCAUGUUUCCUUCCCAUCCAGGAAUUUAUGUCGAUUUUACCCUCGGUAGAUAAGCUUUUUUACGGAAUUCCAUUGCCGGAAAAGAAUCCCGAUUUAAUGGCCACCACCUCUUUAAAUCGGGGUUUCUGGCUCUCCAGAUUGUUGUCUACGGUGCCGCAGGAGGAUUCCGGCGAGGUUGUUAUGGAUUCCGGUGGCCGGGAUUUUGUCCUUUCGGCCGGUGGUGGUGGGCCUUCCUCGGCCGGGAAGAUCUUGCUUGUCGAAGAUACGGAGAUCAAUCGGAUAUUGUUGAGGAAAUUAUUCCAGGACCUUAAUUUGCUGUUGGAGGAAGCAGAGAAUGGGCAAAUCGCCGUUGAUUACUUCAAGCAAGGAAAGAAUUACGACCUCGUUCUCAUGGACAAGGAAAUGCCAGUGAUGGACGGCCACGAGGCAACACGGCAGCUGCGGUUGCUGGGAGUGAAGACACCAAUCGUUGCGUUGACGGGAAAUAGCUUACAAUCCGAUAAAGAUAUGUUCUUUCAAGCAGGAGCUGAUGAGUUUCAGACCAAGCCACUGUCAAGAGCGGAGCUGGUUCGGCUUCUUGCGAGAUAUGGUUUGGAGUGUCCACGGUAGCAAUUAUCAGAGUUUCCAUACUUCCACUCCAUUGUUGUAUAUCUCAUUCCAUGUAAAUCACUGGGUUUGUAGCUUGUUUGAAUAAUUUCAGUUUCUCUCCAUUUUCUACUGAGUUAGCACAGUUCAGCUUAAUGCAGAUAUGCUGCUGUUUUUUUUGUUGGCUAGAUUUUUGAAUAUAUGGUAGAAAAUGGAUGUUUUGAAGAUUGUAUUUUGUAGCUGAGUAUGCAUUCAGGAGAACCUCUUUUUCUUUUCUAAAUAAGAAACUCAUAUGGACCUCUA